AAGUUAGGCGUUCCCCUUGCCCUGAUUCAGAACCCUAGAUCCGAGCCGCCGCCACCACACCGCCGGCAGCAGGCCAAUCGGAGAAGAAGGCCAACCGGAGAAGAAGGCCGCCCGAAGAUCCGAAGAAGGAGAUCCUCCAAGGUACCUACCUCCGCCGCGCUCUACAUCUCCCGGAUCAAGACCAAGAGGCCGCCGGCGAGAACCCGCGCCCGCCUCCCGGGGCGCGCGUGGUGCUCGCCGGCGGCAAGGCCAUCCGUUCUACGGGCGAGGCCCGUCCCACGCCCUCCUGGGGCGCGAGUGGAUCCUCCAUGAAGUCCGAGGCUGCCGCUCGCCGGCGGCGGCAACAUGGAUCAAGCGCACGGGGGAGGCGUCGGCGGGAAGAUUUCAACUCAGGGCGCGUCGAUUGCCGGCCGCUCCAACAUCUAUCCACCCGCCGGACGGGAAUUAUCUUUCUCCUCUUUCCAUUCUGCCCGGAGAUCAAUUUUCAACCGCUACUAACCUCGGUGCCCAUUGUUCUGCAGGUACCCAUCAAAGGGAUGGAGCAAGGCGAAUCCGUAUCCCUGCCGGUCUUCAUCCAGGAUAUGUCCCCCAUUCUUCUGAGAACUACCACGCCUGGCCAUACGGGGCAAAGGCAACCUAGGCCCUUCCUGUCGCCCCAGUCGCAACGGCUAAUCUUUAGGCUUAUCGAGCUCCUGUUCGAGGAGAUCCCUGUCCGCUGUUUUAGGCAAAUAAGGCGAGUGCAUAUAAUGGUAUGCCUGCAAUCAGAAAGGCCAUUCUUCUCUUCCCGCAUUCAGGAGUCACCUGAUCGGACUCGUGCUCAGAUGUGCCAGAACGUGAACUCCAUGGGUCUCCUAAUUCGGGACAUGAUCAUUUAUCAGCGGGAUCAAGGGGGGAGGGCUGGCAAACCUUCUGUACUGCCAAGGGAGGUCAAGCAUUUGAUCAAUCUGAUGUUAUUGCCUGACCCGAUACGAAUGAAGGUCCCAAUCCAGUAUCACAGCUGUCUGGUACCGAUAGAGUACAGGGGUUUCCUGUUUACAAUUGAAUAUCAGUUCAUCAUGGAUGUGCUGAGGUAUGCUGACAGAGAAGGGUUUCGCUAUGUUCUCAGAGGUUUGGAGCCAGUGGGCGACUGGUCUGUGAAUGUCCGCAAUUCAAAUAGAUACCUCCAGCAGUUCUUCAACAAGUGCCCUGUUUUGUCAAUGAAGAAAUUUAGAUUAAAGGGUUUGUUGCAACUCUACACAGCCCCAAAUUGCAACUUGCUCAAGAGUAGAAGCAAGCCAUCUUGAAAGGGAGGUAUGAUCCGAAUGGUCUCAGGUUCCAGAGCAACCCGAUUCUGGAGCCCUUGGACUAUAAUCGUAACGUGCCAAGCCACACCCUCGAGGGGUUGGUGUCAAGGCGAGAUAUUAAUGGAAUGCGCUUUACGCGGGCCACUAUUAAUAGGGCCUUGUACUUCGAGUUUGAGAUGGUCCUGGCCAACAUGUUGGUUGGUCUGCAUAGACUUGGACAUCUUCAUCAUCUUGGUUUGGCUGUUUUUUUCCAUACUAGGUGCAUACUCAUGGACCUAUAUAUAGCUUCUCUUAAACCGGCAUGGAUACAUGUGUAUAUAUCCUCUGAACCGUGCCUGUAGGAUGGAUUGGUUAUUCGUGGGUACAAUUGUGAUACAUGUGUAUACUUCAAGACACAUUAAAUAGUUUGUGCAUUCUGCUGCCAUGUAGUA